GUUUCACUUGCCUAUAAGUACCCCAGCUGCUGCCGCAGCUGCCAGAUAGAAACUAAGCUUGUGCUAAAGGGAGAGUGAUUGCUUACUCUCGGAUUGCUUAGCUAACUUGAAGAAGUGCGAAGCCUUUACACAAAAGCCGGAAAAAGGUAGCUGCUUAUUGAGUAAAAUGGAACUAAAACCUGUGCUACGGAAGAUGGGCACUGUCGGCCGUGCCAUAAUCACCAUCCUCUUCACCCUGGUGGUGCUGGGAGUGAUGAUAUGGGCCUAUGUCAAGGGCUUCCAGCUUGCCACCUCCAAGUUUGGCAUCAUCUCCUUCGGCUUCUACGGCCUCAUCCUGGGACUCCAUGUCCUGCUGCAGAGUCUGUUCGCUUUUAUAGAACACCGCCGCAUGCGGGCUCGGCGCGAGCCCUGCAGCUAUACCAAGACCAUCGGCCUCACCAUAUCUGCUUACCAAGAGGACCCUGCCUACCUGAGGGAGUGCCUAAACUCUGUCCGUGCCCUGCAGUACCCACCUGAGCUACUGAGGAUCAUCAUGGUGGUGGACGGCAACACGGACGACGACCUCUACAUGAUGGAGAUGUUCAAAGAAGUCUUUGCUGAUCAGAACCCUGGCUGCUACAGGUGGGAGCACAAUUACCACACCUGGGACCCAAGGCCACAGGAACAGCAGGAGGCAGGAAAUUCAGCUGGGGACACGGGCGUAGGGGUGGGACAGGAAGACCCCCAAAGGAGGGAAGUGGAAGAGCUGAUCCAAAACAAAAGAUGUGUUUGCAUCAUGCAGAAGUGGGGUGGCAAGAGGGAGGUGAUGUACACGGCGUUCAAAGCACUGGGAUUAUCAGUUGACUAUGUGCAGGUGUGUGACUCAGACACCAAGCUGGACCCGCUGGCUACAGUGGAGCUGUGCAAGGUGCUGGAGAGCAACAAGAAGUACGGGGCUGUUGGGGGGGAUGUGAUGAUCCUCAACCUGAAGGACUCCUACAUCAGCUUCAUGAGCAGCCUGAGAUAUUGGAUGGCUUUCAAUGUGGAAAGGGCCUGCCAGUCUUUCUUCAACUGCGUCUCCUGCAUCAGCGGCCCCCUGGGUCUGUACAGGAAUGACCUCCUACAGCAGUUCUUGGAGUCCUGGUACAAUCAGAAGUUCCUUGGAACACAUUGUACCUUUGGGGAUGACCGCCAUCUGACCAACCGAAUGUUGAGCCUGGGCUAUGCCACCAAGUACACAGCUCGCUCCAAGUGCUACACCGAGACCCCGGCUCAGUUCCUGCGUUGGCUGAACCAGCAGACGCGUUGGACCAAGUCCUACUUCCGCGAGUGGCUCUACAACGCCAUGUGGUGGCACAAGCACAGCCUGUGGAUGCCGUACGAGGCCAUCGUGUCGGGCAUUUUCCCCUUCUUCGUCACAGCCACCGUGAUCAAGCUGUUCUGGACGGGCGGCCUGUGGAACAUCCUGUGGGUCCUCUGCUGCAUCCAGAUCAUCGGCCUGAUCAAAGCCGCCUACGCCUGCCUCCUCCGCAAGAACUUUGUCAUGAUCUUCAUGUCGCUCUACUCCAUGCUGUACAUGACCAGCCUCCUUCCUGCCAAGUACUUUGCCAUCAUCACCAUGAACAAGAGCAGCUGGGGCACCUCUGGGAGACGCAAGAUCGUGGGCAACUACAUCCCGCUCCUUCCCCUCUCCGUUUGGGCAGCCAUCCUACUGGCUGGGCUCUGCUACACCAUAUACAGGGAGACCAAGAUGGACUGGACAACCCCAGCUAAGCAGCUGGAGAUCAAGUUCUUGAUUUAUGGUUCUGUUGCCUAUGUCUUUUACUGGCUCUUUAUGAUUUUUCUUUAUUGGGUAUGGUUCCGGAGAUUGUGCAGAAAACGAUCCCAAAGCUACAAUGUGAGCGUUUAGGACAGCUGUUUUUUUUCAAAGAAAAGACAUUAACGGCAAUACUGUUUAUUUAUUUAUUUUGUAAGC